AUGUUAUAUUCAUUUCUACCAUCGGAUAAUUAUUUAACAUUAAAUCCUUUGGUACCAACAUUAUUAUCAGCUGCAGCCUCAUCCUCAUCAUCAGGUUCAACAACGAUAAAUACCACGGGACCAUCAUCAACAAUAAAUAAUGGUACAUACUCUUCACUAUCAUCAUCAACGGAUUCAUCAACAUUGGUCACUGUUCCUAGUCAACAUCAUUCAUAUGCAUCUACAAAAAUGAAUAAAAUAUCGAGUCUUGUAGUUGAUUCAACAUCUCAUUUGCAAAAAAUUGUUAAUUUAUCGUCAUCACCAUCAUCGGUUAUCGAAUCAACAACAACGAACAGUAAUAAUAAUAAUAAUCAUAAUCAUAAUAAUAAUACACAAUCAAUAUCUCCUAAUGAUAAUGUUCAAUCAAAUUCUUGUUCAUCUCAUUCACCUCAAUCAACAAGUACAAUAACACCCAAUGGUUCAUCAUCAUCAUCAUCAUCGUCAUCAUCAACAAAUAAUUCUAAUACAACACAAAAACGUUUACAUGUAUCAAAUAUUCCAUUUCGUUUUCGAGAUGAUGAUCUUAAAGCUAUGUUUGAACAAUUUGGUGAAAUAGUUGAUACUGAAAUUAUUUUCAAUGAACGUGGAUCUAAAGGUUUUGGUUUUGUAACAUUUGCAUCUAGUGAUGAUGCUGAUGCUGCUCGAGAAAAAUUACAUGGAGCCAUUAUCGAAGGACGUAAAAUCGAGGUUAAUAUGGCAACUGCACGAUCACAACCAAAACUUAAACCUGUCUUAGCAAAUCCAUAUAGUGUAAUGAUAAAUGCACGACAACGUCCGACAUUAAUCCCAGCUACAUCAACUGCAGGACUACGUACAGCAACAGCAUUUACUACCGGUCUAACUUUACCCGGUGGAUAUACAAUUUAUCCUGAUCAGUUAACUACUUUGAGUGGUUUAACAGCUUAUUCAAUAGCUGCUACUGCUCAGCCACAAACAGGUGUUCGUUAUAUAACAAGUACACCACAUGGUCUUACAACGACUGGACAACCAACUGGAACUUAUACAUUUGGCGUUUUACCAAUGCAUAAUGGUGUUAAUGGACCAACCGGAUAUUUUAUAAAUGGAGCACCGACAACGAAUAUAAAUUCACCAACUGCUCAACUUGGACAUGCAUAUCAAGAAACGGCAUAUAUAACUACGACACCAGCUGGAACUAUCGGUCCUAUUACCGGUAUGCGUAACAAUGUUCGCUAUACACCUUAUUAG